AAAACUACUAUGGAAUAAAACCUAUCAUACGACACCAAAAUGACAUUUGCGUCAUUUUUGAUCAACUUCUACUCCGUUAUACCUCGGUUGAACUUUAAAUUUCACUGGACGAACGAUGUAUUCAAUUUGGAGUGGAGCAGUGAAUACUUUCAGGCAUUGGCAUUAGUGGCAUGUCUGGGAGCCGCCGUCAGUCUUCUCCUUCUUGUCACCAUCAUUAUUGUCUGGAUAUGUCAAGCAUGCCACAAGAACGAAACGACCGGAAAAACAAGGCGACGUGUUCGAAGACUGUCUACAGUUCUCUUUAUCAUUUCUGUGCUUUGCUUUUUCAUGCUUGGAGUCUGUCUGUUUGCAAACGAGCACGUCAAUCGAGGGAUGUCAAUUUCAAUAAAUUCAAUAAUCAAUACGAAGAAAUCAUAUCAAAUUUCCACAGCACAAAUCUCACAAUUCCAAGAAGCUGCUCUAAACACUACGGUUCACUUAAAAAAUCUUGAAGAUACUGUACACGUUGAGAGCAAGAAAACCAAAAAUGCAACAAUCGUUCAGCAAAUUGAUCAAAUUCUUACAAACAUUACUGACGAGAUCGACAUCAUUGCUAAAAAUGGGAAACUGUUCCAAGCCAAGCAUGGCGACGAUAUUGGAAAAUUGGAAAAAAUACGGAAAGUGUUGUCGUUGUACGAAAGUGAGAGAUGGGCAUUCCUUGUCAUUCUUCUGUCGAUCACGAUGGUCGUUCUGUUCACUGGAGUUGUUGCCUUCUGUAAACAAUCCAAAAAGGGCGCAGUUGUAUUCAGUGCAAUAGGAUUCUUCAUUUUUGUUGUAGUUUGGCUAUUAAUCUCUAUUUCUUUGCCGUUGACCAUUGCACUAGCUGAUUUCUGUCGGGACGGAGAUCAAGUCACGCGGAAAAACCUUGGCAACCUGUACGAAACAGUCCAGUUCUACAAUACAUGCGUUCCGGUAACUACACAUGACAACCUUCCGCUUCCGGUGGCUCGCCACGUGGCAUUACUAAACAACAUUCCCGCAAACAAGUCUCAGCUGGAUCGUUUGAUGGAAGUUGCUUUCAAUAGCAGUGCAGCGAUUGUCAAUUCAUCUUCAGCAGUUGGGGACGAUAUUACGAAGAUGUUGAAGCUUGCCGGAGCAGUUUCAUCUUCAUCAUCGUGCUAUGUUUUCCAUGACGAUGUUGUCAAUUUCUACUAUGGAACCUGCAAUCAAUCAGUAGCAGGAAUGAGCAUAUAUAUGCUGAGUAUUCUACUUCUUGGUGUCUUCUUGUUCAUCUUGCUCAUCGUUGUUUCGAAAACAUGGAACCUCUUCUCGAGACUUCCCAACGAAUAUACUGAAGUUGACGAAGACGAUCCAUUCUUUCCACGAGGCGUGAACGACUCUACGAUUCCUGUAGACAUUUACGGUACUCAUGUCUAUAAUCCAAGAACUAGAGAUCGAACGGAACCAUCAACAAACACAACAUCUGGAACAGCAGAUGAACCAAAUGCGCCUCUUUGGAGUCAAAAUGUUACUGUACCUUUGGUCUCAAACAGCAUGAGCCGCCAGCCAUUCAUGUCGGACCAUCCUUACAACAAUUACGAAGAUCGUUACAAUAUGUAAAGCUGUCAUCAAUUUUAUAAUAGUUUAUUUGUCACAAAUGCGGUUAUUCAUCCUCCUUCCCACUUUCCUUAACAUUUAAGUCCACUUUUCAAAUUGUUCUCGACGUUUUCUGUAGAACCAGAGCUUAUUGCUUUUAUUCCUUCUAUCCCAUCCUCCAUGUCCACCAGCUUCCCAAAAUCCAAUCUGCCUAUCUCAGCUCGAUCCAUUCCUUGUUUACUAUUUAUCUAUCAAGUUGAUGGUGGUUUUGUCAUACUUGUACUGAAUGAAACAAAAUUGUGUUUUUAUUAAAAUCUAUUGUUUGAUUAAAACAUAUUAAUAAAUGGAUGAACGUUAAA